AUGUCAGCUGCAGCAGCCAGUACUAAUGAAUUGAACUUCUUAAAGAAGACAGCCACUGUAUCACCAUUGGUUUUAUUAUCAGUUGUUGAUCAUUUCAAUAGAGUAUCCAAAGAUAGUAAGAAAAGAGUUGUUGGAGUAAUAUUAGGAGAUAACUCAACCGAUACCAUCAAAGUUACAAACUCAUAUGCCAUUCCAUUUGAAGAAGAUGAAAAAAACCCUGGUGUUUGGUUCUUGGAUCACAACUAUAUCGACUCAAUGGGUGAAAUGUUUAAGAAAAUUAAUGCUAAAGAGAAAUUAAUUGGAUGGUAUCAUUCAGGUCCUAAAUUAAGAGCAUCCGACUUGAAAAUCAAUGAUCUUUUCAGAAGGUAUACUCCUAACCCUUUACUUUUGAUUGUUGAUGUUCAUGCACAAGGUGUUGGUAUCCCCACUGAUGCUUAUUUUGCUGUUGAUGAUAUCAAGAAUGAUGGUUCAGCUGCAGAAAAGACAUUCAUUCAUGUUCCUUCAUUGAUAGAAGCUGAAGAGGCCGAAGAAAUUGGAGUAGAACACUUGUUGAGAGAUAUCAGGGAUCAAGCCGCUGGAAAUUUAUCAUUGAGAGUUACCCAAACAUAUCAAUCAUUAUUGGGAUUACAUCAAAAAUUAAGAGAUAUUGCUACAUAUUUGGAGAAAGUUUAUAAUAAGAACUUACCAAUUAAUCAUACUAUUUUGGGAAAACUUCAAAAUGUGUUCAACUUACUACCUAAUUUAGUACAACCGGCAGGAAGUUCAACAACUGGUGAAGAUGCCGCUUCUGGAAGCGAAUUAGCUACUGCUUUUACUGUAAAGACAAAUGAUGAACUAAUGAUUAUAUACAUUAGUACAUUGGUGAGAGCUAUUAUAGCAUUCCAUGAUUUGAUUGAGAAUAAAUUGGAAAAUAAGAAGUUGAAUGAGAAAAAGGCACUAGAAGCAGAAUCGUUAGUUGAGGAUAGAAGUGCCAUUACAUCAGAGUAA